AUGUUGAGUAUUGCGCUGCGUUUCUUUUACUGACUGAAACCGCGACAGGCUCACGACCAGAUUGGCGCUGCCAAAUGCACUACAACCCUCUAUCUCAACGGAAUGGCGCAAAAUCAUUUGGGACGUGAGACACCGGCCAACGUGUUGGCCUUUUGAUAUGCACUAGGCCUAACGUCAUUCGGUUUAAUUAAGGAUAUCAUGGGUUUAGACAACCUGACUGAUUUUGUCAUGAACCUGACGCUUGAGAUCCGGUCAGGUGAUUCCAGCGCUAAGUCAAUCCGUCUAUUUGGAUGCCUCGUCAGUAAACUUCUUGACCGAGUUCACGUUUGCUUCCACCAAACGCCGACAACGGGAGAGCACAAGGUGCCGAAAGACCAAGAUCGGAGGUUAUUAUAGAGAUUAGAAUAUAAUGGUCGCCUAAAAAGAAACUUUUCAGCCCUUUUCCCGAGGACGCACCGGCGGUUUGCUGACAGGUGCGAGGUAGCUGCAGCAUGGACGCCCCGGCGCUCAGGUACCAGAUGGAAGCGCUGACGCUUCUUCGGGAGCUGGACGGACACGGCGAGGUCCGCAGUGCCGCGGAAGGUGCUGGCCGGACCCGCGGUCACGUCUCCGGGGAUUACGCGGUCAAAAGCAACGCUGCUCGGACGCGGACUGUUGCAGAGAGGGCCAGAGCAAGUAUGUUUUCGCGUUUGGUAGAAAUACUAUCGCAGAUAAUCGCGAUAGAGCAAGAGCUAAUGCGGAAUCUAUCGGAUGGUCUGAGAAAGUUCCUUCGUCGCAAGGAUAAUAUCGACCUGAAGAACAUAUGCUUGAGAAUGGCUCUCGGCGAAGCUGGCUAUCAGUCGGACAAGGAUUUGAGGGAGCUCCGAGUCUGUCUGCAGCUCAUCGUCAGCGGCUUGCUUUCAUCUGUGCGCGACGAAAACGCUUCAUUGUCCUCCGGGGCAGUUGGAAGGCUUGCAGACAUAUCUAUCACAUUUCCUGACGUUUGAUUAGCCGUAUAAUCCGGAGUUGACCUUUUCUCCAAAGGAUGCAUAUGUAGCACGGGAAUUGGCACACCCGGAUCUUUAUCAGGAUACUGGAUUUGGCGGACUAAUUGUGAAACUAGAAACUACCUCAAAGGAUUGAACCAGUAACGACGCUUUCGGUUUUUACUCAGAACUGAAGAACGUUAACGGGAUUAUAUUAUAUAAUAUUAUAUUAUAAGGACCUGGUUUGGAAACUUGUUCAUGCUGUUGACAUUCACGCGUGAAGGUCAUGAGGACGACACGUCCCCAAACAAUACCAGAGGUGUCUGUGUCGGUGCAGCUAAUGCUGACCCAAGACAUUUCCCUAUGUGUUUAAGAACAAUGUUAUACUAACAGGCUCUUGUUUGACCCGUCCAAGAGUUUGUGAUGUCGUCAAACGGCAUACUUGUAAUGCCUUUCUUCUUAGCAGGCAGUUUUACAAGUGGAACAGGUUUAGUAGGUCUUAACUGAGGGUGCAAAUACAUAGCUGACAAAGCAAAAAUCUUAAUGGUCAGGACUGAAAGUACGCAACACACCACCCAGUGAAAGUUUUUGGUUAACAUAGACACUCAGAUUAAUGAAGGGAUAGUUUUCCAUACAGGCCUACAGACCAGUGCAGUCAUUCCUGAACCUGCCCCUGCCAGGGUAGAGCUUUGUGCUAAACUGUAAUUUUCAUGGAGAAUUUCAGGACCUGCUGUAACCCAACUAUGAAAAAAAUUCUGGAUAAUCUGUUUCUAAAAAUAGCUCAGAUAGUGUAUUAACAGCUGGGCUGUGGGGUUAUGUUUGCAGGACAGGAUUACUGAGUUUUAUUUUAAUGGAUCUAUUUUAAGUAUUAAGUACAUUUUCAUAACCUGUGAAAUGUUAUGGGUUUAUGUAUGGAAUUGGUUAAAGAAUGAUCUAUUAAAGUAGUAUUUAUACACAGUUUCAGAUGGUACUGUGCCAGUUUGUGAGAGAAAACAUAAUGGGAGCAGGUGUUCCCUGAGGAAUUAAUGGAAGAUGUAAUGAUGGUGUUAAAUGUGGUGUUAGCUCUGUGUUCUCCAAUAAAUAUACUCUGCUGUAUUUGGUGUCUCUCAGAGGAAAAUGUGUUUGUAUUUAUAUAUAUGUUUUUUGCUUGUUCUAUGUUUAAUAUGUGCUGUGACCUAUGUCUCAUCAUCUUGAGAGAACUUUCACUAUUUUAUACAGUGUUAUAUAUUUAGGACAUUUAAUAAAUGAAGACUACUAAAGUA